CUGCGGCAUUAAGCUGGAAGGUCACAAUGUUUCAUUAGAUUUUUAAGAAAGAUUGAUUUAUAGUUACUUACGUUUAAAUCUUGAAGUUUGGACUAGUUUUAUUUUAUAAUCUGAAUAGUUAGACCUGACAACAGGAAAGGAAUGGCCGUUUCAGGACGUAAACAAGUAGACCUGCUAGGAUCAGUAGCAGCAGGAUCAGCAGAAGACUUCGAUCACUGCUGUGAGCCAUGUCUUACCACAGGUCAACGUAUAGAAGCUCACGGGUUUUGUGUCACUUGUCAAGAAUACCUUUGUAAAACUUGCCACGAUGUUCACAGAAAAACAAAAGUCUUACGAAAUCAUCAAAUUUUGCAGCGUUAUGAUUUUGAUAAGAUUCAAACUACAAGGAAAUCAAACAAUGAAUGCAGUGAAAUGUGCCAAGUUCACAAAAAAGAAAUAAUCAAAUUUUAUUGUCCAUCACACCAUGCACUCGGAUGCAAUGAUUGCAUAACUUUAGGACAUAGAACAUGUAAAGUUGAUUACAUACCUGAAAAAUGCGUAGGUGUCGCAGAUGGGAAGGAGUUCGAUGACGUCAUGAAGAAGCUCGGCGAAAAAUUAAAAGAAGCAUCAGAAAUUUCGAAGAAGGCUACACGCAGUAGAAGCAACAUAAAUGAUUACAAUAAAGAAAUCAUCAAGGCCAUCUCUGAAUUCCGAAAAGAAAUAAACGACCGCAUAGAUCUGAUGCAAAAAGAUGCUUUAAAUAAUGCCGAGGAAAUAAAGUCCAACACCAACAAAAUUAUUCAACACGUGCUUGAUACAUGUGAAAAUAUGAUAUCCGGUAUAAAAUGCUUGCAAUCAAGUCUACAUGCAAGCAGAUCAACUCAUCAAGACGGUCAACUCUACAUUGGCAUGAAAAAGGCUGAAUCUACGCUGAAAUCAGAUGAAUUAUUUGACGCAGAACAAACAUUAUUGCAUACGAAUAUGCACUACUCAUUUCAACGAAAUUCUGAACUGGAAACAUUGUUGUGUGCGAGAAUGGUAUUUGGUGAGAUUGUCGAUCAUUCUCGUCAUGAACCUUCAAAGGUGACAAAAACUGUUGAUCAUCUGAUUUGGAAAGAAAAUAUUAAUGUUAAAACUUUAUCAGAUAUUAAGGCAAAUUGUGGUAUUUCAGGAUGUGCUGUUCUUGAUACAAAUGAAUUAGUUCUAGCUGAUUACAUCAACAAGAAGGUAAAAUUGCUAUCUAAAGAGAACAAACUUGUACAGGAAGAGAAAGCUCUAGACUCAAAGCCAUUUGAUAUUGCUGUCAUGACUCAGAAUCAGUUUGCAGUAUCAAUGCCGAAAAUCCAAGAGAUAGUUGUCAUGACAAAAGACGACAAGCUAUCAUGUGUCCGCAGUAUAAAAGUGGAUAGGGAGUGCUAUGAUAUAGACUUUAAUCAGGAUUGUCUUUAUGUUGCUUGUUUGUCUCCUCCUAGUGUGAUUGUACUGAAUACACAAGGUGACAUCCUCAAUACAUUCCCUCUACAAUUUCUUUCACCUGACUAUAUCCCGUAUAUUGCUGUGAGUAAGGAUUCCAAACUUCUGUAUAUCAGUGACAAUUGUAACAACAGUAUAGUGAGUGUAUCAUUACAAGGGGAAGUUACAGGUACAUACACACAUACAGAUCUUAAAGGACCACGUGGAAUGUUGAUGUUAGAUGACGGGUCAUUACUUGUCUGCUGUUAUAACAAUGGAACAAUUCAUAAAGUCAGCGGAUACUUAAAGCAAGGGAAGAUAAUGUAUAAAGAUGAAGAUACUCUACAAGCAAUAUAUUACAGUUCACGCUAUGAUGAGGUCUAUGUUGGUUAUAAUGGUUUAGACAAGUUGAAAGUUUUUGACACGCAAUGAUGAGUUUAUUGGCGCCGCCGGUGAGCGGCGUCGUCUCUUAUGGAAUGCUUUUUAUUUUAGCCUAUGGAAGGAGCUGUUAUUGUUAGCAGUUAAUGUCAUGUUGUGUUAAUUAGUUUUAUUUUGAUUCGUAAAAUCAAGUAAACAAAUAUGUUUUUAUAUUUGUAUUUAAUAACUUUAUGUAAAAAGCAUGUACAUUAUGAUAUUAUUUUUAUGAAAUUGCAGGCUCAGUUUAACAGCUUGUCCCUUAGCUUUAUUGGCAAUACUAAAGAUCGGAUUUCGAAUAUCGUUGUGGUCUACAUUGAUGCCGUAUUCUUUUUCAUUCAUUUAUAUAUUUUCAAAAUUUUCGUACAAGAAGAACGUCCACCUGCAAAUGAGUAUUAGGAUAGGUAAUGGAGCUGUUGUAAACGAUUAUCCUAUUGAUUUUAUCCAUAUUACGUUUAUCUAUUGCACAGAAUGAUUGUUUUUACAAAGUGUACCAUUACCCGGAUGUUGAAAGCUAUCCGAUUUUCUGCAGUUACUGCUGUCACAUGGCCAUCAAACUUUUUAUGAAUACUCUACCAUUACUUUCCAUUGCUUAAUAAAACUAAGCCUGCAACAUUUCAUAAUUUUGCUGUUAAGGGUGUUCUUUUGGGUUUCAGGUUUUCUCUAUUUUAAGGGGAAGUAAAUCAUGUUUACUAAAUUAUUUGUUCUUUUAUGUCUAUGUUAUGUAUAACUUACUAUUUUUGUUGUAUAAAAUUUACCAGUUGUAAGGUCAUCAAAAGCAUAGAGGCCCUGAGGAGUGACUAUUGAUAGAUUUUUUUACUUGCUUUAUAUACCUUAGACUGGAGUUUUCUAGAUUGUUCAGUUA